AUGAGUGGAGGAGAUUGUUACAAAUGUGGUAAACCCGGCCACUUCGCCAGGGAUUGCCGAUCCAGUGGUGCAGAAGGUUCAGGACGUGGGUUUGGCAGAGAGAGGGGCCAAGGCCGUUCUGAUUUCCGCAGUGGCAGAGGAGGUGAGAAAUGCUAUAAAUGUAACAGACCAGGUCAUUUUGCUAGAGAAUGCAGGAUGGACCAGGACCGUUGCUACAAAUGCAAUCAGCUAGGACAUAUUGCUAAAGAAUGUGAUAGAGAGAUUGAUUCCGGAGCUUGCUAUAAUUGCAAGAGCCCUGGACAUGUUCAGCGUGACUGCCCAGAAGUUAGCAGCAGACCGUGCUACCGAUGCGGUGAGAAUGGCCAUAUGGCUCGUGAUUGCCCAGAAGACCGUGGCACAGAUGAGCGCAAGUGUUAUGGUUGUGGAGGCGUUGGCCACAUUUCAAGGGAGUGCCCGAAUGCCAACCGUUCAAGUGGCAAAGACUGCUACAGAUGUGGCUCUAAUGAUCACCUGGCCAGAGACUGCCCUGACGGAGCCAGUAAAACACAGUGCUAUAACUGCAACCAGAUGGGACACAUAGCCCGAGAUUGUCCUACAGAGGCCAACAAUGACAUUGUGGCAGCCGCUUGA